AUGGGCUUUAUCGAUGUGAGACGCAGACGAUUAGAGCGAAUGCGAUGUCGAGGCGACGACGGCGGCGGACGGAUCGCGUGUUGUUGCGACGUCGAGGCGACGAGAAAUUUCGCCAACCUCCAUUUUUGUCUUGGCGCGGUGACACCAACAAUGGCGCAGGACGUUUACAUGGAUCCAUGGCAAUCGGCAACAAGCUUCAGUAUGGACGAUGACGAGAUGGGAAUGCCGUCGGGAAAAUACGCGCGAAUGGACGAUGAGAUGGGCGAGAACAAGGAGCGAUUCGCGCGCGAGAACCAUUCGGAAAUCGAGCGGCGUCGCCGCAACAAAAUGACGCAUUACAUCAAUGAGCUCGCCGAAAUGGUGCCGCAGUGCGCCGCGCUCGGACGCAAACCCGACAAGCUCACGAUUCUGCGGAUGGCCGUGUCGCACAUGAAGGCGAUUCGCGGCAACACAUCGCAGGACGAAACUUCCUACAAGCCGUCAUUCCUCUCCGAUCAAGAGCUUAAGCAUUUGAUCUUGGAAGCCGCCAACGGCUUCCUUUUUGUAGUGUGUUGUCAGACUGGAAGGGUUCUGUAUGUUGCCGAUUCGAUUGUGCCGGUGCUCAAUAUGAAGCAGGAAGAUUGGAUUCAUCGGAAUUUGAACGAGCUCAUUCAUCCCGAUGAUCAGGAGAAAAUUCGCGAUCAACUAUGCGGCAGUGAGGUGUCGGUGAAUAAAGUGCUUGAUUUGAAAUCGGGCAGCGUGAAACGAGACGGCGCCUCAUCGCGCGUGCACAUGUCGUGCCGUCGCGGCUUCAUCUGCCGAAUGCGCGUCGGCUCGCUCGAGCCGCUUCAUCGCCUCCGCUAUCGUCGGCCGCUAUUUCAGCACGCCGGCCAAAACUAUGUCGUUAUGCACUGCACCGGCUAUGUCAAGAACGCGCCGCCGCAGGGAAUCGACGCGCCGUCGUCGUCGUGUCUCGUCGCGAUCGCGCGCCUCCAGGUCGCCUCGAUGCCGAUUUGCGCCGAUCCGGCGUCGACAAAUCAAUUCGCUGUGCGAGUCGCCGAAGACGGCAAAAUGACAUUUAUCGAUGGACGGGUCACCGAUUUGAUUGGGCUGAGCGUCGACCAGCUCGUUGGAAGAUUCUGGUGGAAUAUCGUUCAUCCAUCGGAUGAGAAAACCCUCCAAGACGCAUUCCUCGCCCUUUUGAACGAUCAGCCGAUGCGCCUCAACAUUCGGAUUCGAACGCAGACCGAUUACACGCCAUGCACAAUUUCAGCCUACAAGUUCGUCAAUCCGUAUUCGGAGCAAUUCGAAUACGUCGUCGCCACACAUCAAAUAGUGUCGCAAGACGAAGUGCAAAACUGGCAGGAGGCUCCAGUGCAGAAUCCGUUCGAGGCGCCGCCUGCUGCCGCUCCUCCAGCGCCGCAGGCCAAUGACUUCGUGCAGCCGGCAGCCGCUGGCGCCACCGGCAACGGUUGGCAGCCAGCACCGGAAAUGGCGAAUCAAUGGCAAUGGGAUAUGAACAAUUUUACACGUUGA